GGCCACGACGUUGCUUUAUUUUGCAAAAGCACUCUUUUGCAAUUUUAAAAUCACGUUUUUGUUUCACACGGUGUUGUGUUCACAUGUUUUCGUCGAACUGGAGACGAUUGUUGGCGAUUUGGGGGCUGUUGGACUACAAACAUGGCGGACCGCACCAUCAGCUUAUGUCAGAAUUUAGGAGGACCCGCACUGUUGUGGACCAAAGUGAGUGUCCCUGCUCGGGAAUCCCUCAGUGGCCUCUAACCGAGCCUCCGCCGGAGGACUGCCACCAGCUCAACAGGACUUUCCGCUACACCUGCCUCAAAGGCUACCUGAGGACGGCGGGCACGUCCAAUCUCAUCAAAUGCAAACCCGGCAGUUCGCGGUGGUCCAGUCCCACCCUCAAAUGUAAACUGGACCCCAGAGGAGGCGCCGCACACGCAUCCAACAGCACCGACGCAGACGCUGUCACCGCGAGCGUAGAGAAACACAGAAAUACGUCGGGACCCGGAUAUUCACUGUUAAAUGGUUCAAGCAACGACACUUCUCUUCCACAAAACAGAUCCUCCACGACUGGAUCUGGAAUCACCAUAGCGGUGGCCAGUAGCAUCUCAGUCGCCAUUGCGGCGCUUCUCGGAAUCGGCCUCCUUCUUCAUAAAAUGAGAAAAGCGCAACCCAGCCGCCCGUUGCAAACAACAACAGAAGGCAUUCCUCUGAAUGAAGCUACGUAAUAGCAUUGAAAAGCAGGUAGUAAAAAAUAACAACAAAAAAAGAAGAUCACAGGACAAAAGGAGGCAGCAGCCGCGACUGUCUCGUCGAAUCGUACUGUGGAUGUGAGCCGGCGGGACUGAAGUGUAGAGAGGCGCCAUUAGCCUGGUAUUUCCUCAUGCUUGUCACGCCGUUGAACACCUGCAGUCCAUCAAGACUCGUCGUCAUCACCAAGCAGGCGGCG